AUGGACACCAUCAUCGACCUCAGCGACGCCUCCAAGGCGCUCGACCUCGCCAACAUCCGCUUCCAGCUUAUCCGGCUCGAGGACACCAUCACCUUCCACCUCAUCGAGCGCGUGCAGUUCCCGCUCAACGCCACCAUCUACAAGCCCGGCGCCGUCAAGCUCGCCGGCGUCGACUCGAGCGAGCUCUCCUUUAUGGACUGGUACCUGCGCGAGCAGGAGAAGCUCCAGUCGCUGAUCCGCCGCUUCGAGGCCCCCGACGAGUACCCCUUCUUCCCGGACGCCCUGCAGCAGCCCAUCCUCAAGCCCCUCAACUACCCGCGCAUCCUGCACGCCAACGACGUCAACGUCAACGACCAGAUCAAGCACUUCUACACCGAGAAAUUCCUGCCCGCCGUGUGCCCGGACUUUGGCCGCCCGGACCGCGGCGAGAGCGAGGAGAACUACGGCAGCUCCGCCACCUGCGACAUUGCCUGCCUCCAGGCCCUCUCGCGCCGCAUCCACUUUGGCAAGUUUGUCGCCGAGAGCAAGUUUCAGAGCGACCCGGAGCUGUACACGCGGCUCAUCCGGGCCGGCGACCGCGACGGCAUCGGCGAGUCCAUCACCAACGCCGCCGUCGAGCAGCAGGUCCUCGCCCGCCUGGCGCUCAAGGCCCGGACGUACGGCACCGACCCCUCGGCGGCGAGCGGGAGCGCCGAGGAGAACGGAAAGAUCAAUGUCGAGGCCGUCGUGUCCAUGUACAGGGAUUUUGUCAUCCCGUUGACAAAAGUCGUCGAGGUGGACUACCUGAUGCGGCGGCUAAACUGA